AUGGUAAGCUUCAACACCACCUUGGAAGGUGGCUUCAUUUUGAUGGGCUUCUCAGACUGGCCUCAUCUAGAACAGGUCUUUUUUGUCUUCAUUUUGAUGUUCUAUUUUUUAAGCAUCUUUGGCAAUUCCACCAUCAUCACAGUCUCACGAAUGGAUUGUCGAUUACAAACACCAAUGUACUUCUUCCUUAACAACCUCUCUUUCCUAGACCUCUGCUACACCACCAGCAUUGUGCCUCAGCUUCUUGUCAAUAUUUCUGGAAUUGACAAGACCAUGAGCUAUGCUGGCUGUAUGAUCCAGUUCUUCAUUGUGCUCUUACUGGGUGGAACUGAGUGUGUGCUCCUUGUGGUGAUGGCUUUUGACCGCUAUGUUGCUGUGUGUCGUCCACUACACUACACCAGCAUUAUGCGCCCCCUUCUCUGCCAUGCAUUGGCCAUCUCCUCCUGGGUGGGAGGCCUUGUGAACUCACUGAUACAGACAAGCCUCAUCAUGUCCAUACCUCUCUGUGGCCAUCACCUGAACCACUUCUUCUGUGAGAUGCUUGUUCUCCUGAAGCUGGCUUGUGAGGACACAGGGGGAACAGAGGCCAACUUGUUUGUAGCUGGAGCUAUAAUUUUGGUCUGUCCUGUAGCAAUAAUUCUAGGCACCUAUGCACACAUUGCUCAUGCAGUUCUGAAAAUCAAAUCAAGAGUUGGGAGCAGAAAGGUUCUGGGGACUUGUGGGUCCCAUCUUACUGUGGUUUUCCUCUUUUAUGGCUCAGCCAUGUACACAUAUCUUCAACCUGUCCACAUGUAUUCUGGGAGUGAAGGAAAGUUUGCUGCCCUCUUUUAUACUAUAAUUACUCCAAUGCUGAACCCUCUGAUUUAUACCCUAAGAAACAAGGAUGUAAAGGGGGCCCUGUACAAGGUACUAUGGAGAGAUACAAACACAAUGUAG